UUAAGGUUGCUUUACAGUGUAUGAUUUUCAUAAUGUUGAUGCUGUCACAGACACAAAUCAGCAUUGGUGCCUUAGUGGCUUAAAAACUUUCUCACUGCAAGCUUAUUUAGCAUCUUUUUAAGUUCUGGCAGUGCCAAAUAUCUGUACCAAAAUGUUGGAAUGUGCUUGCUGCUACAGUGCACAUCUAAGUCAUCAGUAGUAAAUUGUCAUCACUUUAAUGCAUCAUAGCACUGUCAUAAGAAAAUCUUUUUUUUUUUUUUUAAGUAUUAAAAGGCACAUUUCUUUUGCCUUUUAAUUUAUUUAUUCAUUUUCAUAUGAUUCAUUUACAUGUAAUUCCUUUUCAUGUGAUACAUUUUCAUGUGAUUCAUUUACUGAUUCGCUUCUCUUUAAAUCCAGUUUUAGACUGUGAUAUUACAAAGGUCUUUCCAGAUUAUUACUUGCCACACUGUAUGAGAUAACCCCAAUAAAAUUGCCUGAAUUCUAUUAUAUAAUUUGUUCACCAUGUUAGGUUUAAAUCCUCUAAAAACAGAUUCGCAAUUGAAUAACAUUACUCUGUUCCAGUUCACAUCCUUCAAAGCAUUGGCAUGUUUUGUUUACUCUCACAAUCCCCCAAACACACACACACCCAAAGUCUCCAUAAAACAAAAAACUGUCAUAAGAAAAUCUUAAGUUAUAAUUCAUUAUAAUAUGACUUGCAGCACCCAUGAACAUAACUGAUAUUGCAUAGUCUGCCACAGAAACUGCCCAAGAUCUUAUGGCAUUGUCUUAUAAAAGUGGCACACAAGAACGGAUACUCAUCCUGAUGGUACCACUAUGCUUCUUUCUCUAUAUACACUAUCUCUAUAUUCUUUCUCUGUGCUAUAUUUAGGUUAACUAGUUGCUGUAUCCUCCUGUUUGGUUGUGGUGAAUGCUUUUUUUGUUGACAGCAACAGGGUUCAGGUCAUCUCUGGGGCAGCUUUUUAUUGGAUUACAUUGGGGAAUUACUGUGUAGCACGGCCCACUGUAGAGUCCUCUCCUCUUUUUGUACUACUAGUACGAAAAGGAAGAUCAGCUUGCUUAGCCGGUUUUACAGAUGUCCUCUAUACAAUUGUAUGCCCACAUUUGCACAUGCAGGGUGUGUGAAAAUGGCACAGUCAGAUAGACACAGGUGCAGUGGGGUGGAUGGAGUCCAGCAGUGAACUGCUGGUGACCGUGCGUUUGGCAGCUAGUGCAGUGGUAUGAGUAUGCUGAGCCAGCAUACCCGUGUUGUGUGUGUAUGUGUGUGUGUAGCUGGGUGUUUUUAUAUCUUGUGGGGACCAAAUGUCCACACAAGUAUAGGAAUGUCUGAUAGUUUCGACUUUGUAGGGUCAUUUGGCUGGUCUCCUUGAGGAAAACUGCCUUUUUAUUAAUAAAAAAAAAUGCAGAUUUUAUUUAAAAAACAAAAACAAAAAAAAACUGCAAGAUCCAGAGGUUUCAUUUUGGUUCCUGAAGUUAACGUUAGGGUUAAGUUAAGGUUUAGCAUAGCAUUAAUUAGCUGCAUUAAUAAUCAUGUCAAUGGGGGGUCCUCACAAGGGUAAAAAGACAAAUGUGUGUGAGUGUGUGUGUGUGUCUGCAAAAUCAUGGUGCCACAACUGCUGGUUUGGCCUGUGUGAUUCCCCUCCUGCUGUGACCCAGCUGUAUCAGCUCCAUCCAAUACAACACACGUGCACACACACACACACACACAUACACACACACACACACACACACACCCAGCUCACCACAGCCCAUUAGAUAAGCUUUCUCAAACACACGUACACACAGAAUACUCAGAUUGCAUUAAUACCAGGUAAGACAAAACACCCACAGGAUGCUCAGACAGUUGUGAGACCAUCACAAUGAUGUAUAAACAUAAUGUUGUAAUAUUAAUAAUUAAUAAAUGCCCUCUCCGUUUCGGAUGAUCACAAAUAAAAACUGCCUGAAGCUGUCUCACACUGGCCUAACUAGCUCUAGUGAAAGACAUCCUCUAUUUUCAGCUUUAUUUUGAUGCUGAUGCCACAUUGAAUUUGACUUCACCACACUUCAGAAGCAUCACUGAUUCUGUUGUGUGUGGCUCUGUGUGUGUGGUAGCACAUUUUAAAGAGCCUCUGGUGCAGCGAGUUUCUGUGUAACAUGGCUUUGCACUUAUCUACCAGAGAUGCUUUGCCAAAUGUCAGUGAGUUUACUUUGUAAAAACGUGUUUUUUUUUUUUUUUUAACGUGGCCCUUUCAAUACAGCACAGAGUCUAUGGAAAGUUGAACUUACUAUUUAUUGCAUCUGUUUGUCAGGAGCAAACACACAGUCAGAGGUCCUGCAUGCUUAGUGAUGAGCUCUUUUUCAAAUAUCAGCAUCAUUAGUUUAAUUAAAUGACUGUAAAAGUCAUAUCUACAACAGCCGAUGUGUUACUGAAUUGAGGCGUAUCAAAUGGCCUGACGCUUCAUGCAUUAAUAUUUGUUUAAAAAUUGGAUUUAUUGCAUCCUGCUACUAUUCUGCAUGUCAUUCUGCAUGCGUAUUUGGUGGAAUGAGAAUGACAACCAGGACUUCACAAUCCUGAUGAGUGAUAAAGUGUCUUUUAUUACAUUUGAAUCAAUGUGGAUGUGUAAAGACCAUAAAUAUACCAUAGUUCAUUUAAUGUUUGCACUUUCUUCUUUGUCCCAGCAGACAGUCUUCCAGGAUAGUCAAGUGUGGCUCUCGUGGCAUGACUACUACAAGUAAGGGAAACAAAGCCCUCAAGGCAAGUGUCAAUAGUUUAUUUAUGCUCUCUGUUUUUGUGUUAUAUUUGAUUUGUGUGGUUUUUGGUUUUCCAUCUCUCCUACCUUAUUCAUUUGGACUUUUCUUUCUCCUCACCUCUCUUAAGGUGAAGCGGGAGCCAGGUGAGAAUGGCACGAGCCUUACAGACGAUGAGCUAGUGUCGAUGUCAGUGCGUGAGCUGAACCAACACCUGCGCGGCCUAUCCAAGGAGGAGAUUGCGCAACUAAAGCAGCGGCGGCGCACACUAAAGAACCGUGGCUAUGCCGCCAGCUGUCGCGUCAAGCGCGUCACACAGAAGGAAGAACUGGAGAAGCAAAAAGCUGAGCUGCAGCAAGAGGUGGAGAAACUCGCUUCUGAGAAUGCCAGCAUGAAGGUAGAGCUAGAUGUGCUGCGCUCCAAGUAUGAGGCACUGCAAAGCUUCGCCAGGACUGUGGCACGCAGCCCUGUACCAGCUGCCAGGGGCGCAAUCACGCCAAUCAUCGUACCAGGCAAGGUGGCCGCCACGAGUGUCAUCACCAUCGUCAAGUCCAAAACGGAGGCACGCUCGUAAUGCACAAUGCCUUUGAAUCCUGUGCUUGAUAUUCUCCACUGACCACCUCUCAGAUGGGCUAGAAAGGCCAUCAUGGUCUUGAAA